AUGGCCGCCGUCCGCUCUCUCGACUCGAGCAAAUCCCGCACCAUGUCGAACGAGGGCGUCGGUCCCGCACAGCAAGAGCUGCGCUCAAAGGUGUUGGCCGUCGGAGGGAUCGCUGGCACGUACGAGGAGCUCACCGGACAUAAGCAAGAGCUGAAGGUGUCGAUGUCGGUUUGGGCUCUUCUCGGUCUCCUGUUCGCCAACAUAGCGCCCUCAACAGCUAUCAACAGCUCUCUCGGAGCGGCACUCCUCUCGGGCGGACCUGUCGCCUCGCUCUGGGGCUGGCUUGCCGUCGCUCUCAUCUCGAUCUGCAUCGCGCUGAGUCUCGCAGAGCUCUGCUCGGCAUGGCCUCACGCAGCAGGACAGGCACUGUGGUCCUUCCAGCUUGCGCCGCCGCGAUGGGCACCAUUCCUCUCAUACUGGACGGCCUGGUGGAACAUCGCCGGUGGAUGGGCCUUGAUUGCUGCAGGAGCGUACAUCCUCUCGGCCGGAUGCCUCGGUCUCGCCGCCGCCUUCCACCCCGACUACGUCGAGCAGCCGUGGCACCUCGUCGUCUGCUUCCUCUUCUCGCUCUUCUCGUUCUUUGUUACGAACCUCUACAUGGUUCGCAUUUUCGACCGCUGCACGACCAGCUUCGCCAUCAUCAACAUCUCGACCGUCGUCGCAACCAUCAUUGCCCUUGCCGCUUGCGCACCCGUCAAGGCCAAGCCCUCGUUCGUCUUCGGAGGCUUCUACAACGGCACCGGCUGGUCGAACGGCGACCUCGUCUUCCUCAUCGGCUUGCUGCAGAGCUCCUUCACCAUCAUCGGCUACGACGUCCCCACUCACCUCUGCGAGGAAGCCGUCGACGCCGGACGCCUUGCGCCCACCGCGGUCGUCGGCGGAACCGUGAUUGUCGGCGUCGUCGGGUUCUGCGACAUUAUCGCCCUCCUCUUCAGCAUUCUCGACAUCGACACCGUCGUAUCAAGCCCGCUUCCGAUAGUUCAGAUCCUCCAGGACUCGUUCGGCCUACGCGGAUCGACUGCCGCUUUCGUCUUCAACUUGCCCGUUCUCGCCUUCGCCUGCAUCGGCAUUGUCUGCGCCUCGUCCUGCGCCGUUUUGUCGAUGAGCCGUGACCGUAGUUUCCCUGGCAGUCUCUUCUUCGGCAAGAUCAAUCCCACUCUCCGCGUACCCGUAAACGCCCUUCUCCUCCAAGUGACGGUUCCCGCCAUCCUCGGCAUGAGGGUGCGUAACUUGUCAUACUAUCGCCUGCUCCCUCGUUGA